GCCAUGGAGCGCUUAGAGCCCGUAAAAGGCCUUAGCAAGGUGGUUCAGUGGGUGAAAGAUCAUAGAUACAAGCAUGAUGCUGUAACCAAUGCCCCGAGGAUCAAUGCAGAGCUCAUGAUCAAACUUCUUGGUCUAUCAGACUUCGUCCAGGCAGUGAUAGUUGGAGGUGAAUGCGAGAAGCCAAAGCCCGCACCCUUCCUGUACCUAAAGGCUCUCAAGGAGCUCGAAGUAUCUGCAACACACACCUUUAUCUUCAAGGAUUCUGCCUCAGGGACACGUGCGGGCGUUGCUGCAGGGAUGCCCGUCAUUGCCGUGUUGACGAGGAACCCGGAGAAGUCCCUACAGGAAGCCCGGGUCGCAUCGAUCAUCAGUGACUAUGAAGACCAAAAGCUGUGGAAUGCGCUCGAAGAGAUUGACAGGGAGGAAGCGAAGCUAAAGAAUGGUGGAGCGUGA